AUGGAAAAAAAUAAAACAACAAUCACAAACUUAAAGAUACCAGAGGGUGGAACUGGAGACACAGGAAGAGAAAGAACCAAGACAUUUACCUAUGAUUUUUCAUAUUUCUCAGCAGAUAGUAAAAGUCCCAGCUUUGUGUGUCAAGAAAUGGUUUUCAAAAAUCUUGGUACUGAUGUGCUUAAAUCUGCUUUUGAGGGUUAUAAUGCUUGUGUCUUUGCAUAUGGACAGACUGGAUCUGGAAAGUCCUACACGAUGAUGGGAAAUGUGGGUGAUGCUGGUUUAAUACCUCGAAUUUGUGAAGGCUUAUUUAGCAAAAUAAGUGAAAAAGCAAAGCGGAAUGAGGCAUCCUUUCGAACAGAAGUCAGUUAUCUGGAAAUUUAUAAUGAACGCGUGAGAGAUCUUCUCAGGAGGAAGUCAUCAAAAACUAAUAAUUUACGAAUACGAGAACAUCCGAAAGAAGGGCCUUAUGUUGAGGAUUUGUCUAAACAUUUAGUGCAAAAUUAUACUGAUGUAGAGGAACUUAUGGAUGCAGGAAAUAUAAACAGAACUACAGCUGCAACUGGAAUGAAUGAUGUCAGUAGCAGGUCUCAUGCUAUUUUUACAAUCAACUUCACUCAGGCCAAAUUUGAUUCUGAAAUGCCUUGUGAGACUGUUAGCAAGAUUCAUUUGGUAGAUCUUGCUGGAAGUGAGAGAGCAGAUGCCACUGGUGCCACAGGGGUUAGAUUAAAGGAAGGGGGGAAUAUUAACAAGUCUCUAGUUACUCUGGGAAAUGUCAUUUCUGCCUUAGCUGAUUUAUCUCAGGAUGCAACAAAUCCUCUUGCAAAGAAGAAGCAAGUAUUUGUGCCUUACAGGGACUCUGUGUUGACUUGGCUGUUAAAAGAUAGCCUAGGAGGAAACUCAAAAACUAUCAUGAUUGCUACUAUUUCACCUGCUGAUGUCAAUUAUGGAGAAACUUUAAGUACACUUCGAUAUGCAAAUAGAGCCAAAAACAUCAUCAACAAGCCUACUAUUAAUGAGGAUCCUAACGUCAAACUGAUCCGUGAACUGAGAGCUGAAAUAGCCCGAUUAAAAGCCUUGCUUGCUCAAGGGAAUCAGAUUGCCCUCUUGGAUUCUCCAACAGCUUUAAGCAUGGAGGAAAAGCUUCAGCAGAAUGAAGCAAGGGUACAAGAACUGACCAAAGAGUGGACGAACAAGUGGAAUGAAACCCAAAAUAUUCUGAAAGAACAAACCUUGGCCCUUAGGAAAGAAGGGAUAGGUGUUGUGUUGGAUUCUGAACUGCCUCAUCUAAUUGGCAUUGAUGAUGAUCUCCUUAGUACUGGUAUCAUCUUGUAUCACUUGAAGGAAGGCCGAACAUAUGUUGGCAGAGAAGAUGCUAUGACAGAACAAAAUAUUGUUCUUCAUGGCCUUGAUUUGGAAAGUGAGCAUUGCAUCUUUGAAAAUCUCAAUGGUACUGUGAAUCUAAUACCACUGAAUGGAGCUCAGUGCUCUGUGAAUGGUAUUCAGAUCACAGAAGCCACACAGCUAAACCAAGGUGCUGUUAUAUUGCUUGGAAGAACCAACAUGUUUCGCUUUAACCACCCUAAAGAAGCUGCUAAGCUAAGGGAAAAAAGAAAGAGUGGGCUGCUGUCUUCCUUCAGCUUGUCUAUGACAGAUCUUUCAAAAUCCUGUGAGAACCUGUCAGCAGUAAUGCUUUAUAAUCCAGGUCUUUUCCCUGUGAAAGGACCGAUCUGUCUAAGGCUAGAAUUUGAGAGGCAACAACGAGAGGAGCUUGAAAAGCUGGAAACUAAAAGGAAACAGAUAGAAGAAAUGGAGGAAAAGCAAAGAUCUGACAAAGCAGAACUUGUAAGAAUGCAGCAAGAAGUAGAGUCUCAGCGAAAAGAAACAGAAAUAGUACAGCUGCAAAUUCGAAAACAAGAAGAGAGUCUGAAACGGCGAAGUGUUCACAUUGAGAGCAGGUUGAAGGAUUUGCUGGCUGAAAAAGAAAAAUUUGAAGAAGAGAGGUUACGGGAGCAACACGAGAUAGAGCUUCAAAAGAAGAAGCAGCAGGAAGAAAUCUUUGCCUGCGUGAAAGAAGAGUUGCAGCGACUCCAAGAACUUAAUCAUAAUGAGAAAGCAGAGAAAAUGCAGAUUUUCCGAGAGCUCGAAAAGCUUAAAAAAGAUAAAGAUGAACAAUAUAUCAAGCUGGAAUCAGAAAAAAAGAGACUUGAAGAACAAGAAAGGGAGCAGGUGUUGUUAGUGACUCAUCUAGAAGAACAACUUCGAGACAAACAGGUCAUGAUAGAGCUACUGAAGAGAGGAGGUGUUCAGAGAGUUGAAGAAGAAAAAAGAGAUCUUGAAGAUAUUAGAGAAUUUCUUCUGAAAGUCAAAGAAGGCCGAUCUGAAGGUGAUGAAAACUGUGAAGAGCUAGAAACAGCACAGCAUAAUUUCAUAGAGUUUAAAAAAAAACAACUAGAACAGUUGAAUAUUUUAGAGAAGGAUUUAGUUCAACAAAUGGAACACCUAGAAAAGGAAAUAGCGCACGGGAAAGCAGCUCUGGACCACUUAAAAUUUGCGUACGAAAAACAGUUAGGUACUGUCAAGAAAGAGGAUGAAAACUUUGUGGAUGUUGCACUCAAGUCUGAAGAGUUUGAGAAGAUAAAGCCAGCAGAAUAUAGGCUGCAAUCUAAAGUACGUCAGCUUGAAUACCUGAUGAAUAAUCAUUUGCCAGCUCUGCUGGAAGAAAAACAAAGAGCUUCUGAAGUCCUUGAUAGAGGCUUGUUAGGAUUAGAUAAUACUCUCUAUCAAAUCGAGAAAGAAAUAGAAGAAAAAGAAGAGCAGCUUGCCCAGUAUAGAGCUAGCACAAACCAGCUGCAGCAGCUUCAAGAAACAUUUGAAUUCACAGCCAAUGUAGCUCGCCAGGAAGAAAAAGUUCGGAAGAAGGAAAAGGAAAUCCUUGAGUCAAGGGAAAAACAGCAGAGAGAGGCUCUGGAACAAGCUGUUGCUAAGUUGGAAAGGAGGCACUCUGCGUUGCAACGUCGUUCCACGAUAGACUUCGAAAUUGAGGAGCAGAAACAGAAGCUUGCAACCUUGAACAACAGCAGCAGUGAACAGGCAGGUCUACAGGCUAGUCUAGAAGCUGAGCAGAAAGCCCUUGAGCAAGACAGGGAACGCCUGGACCAAGAAAUUCAGCAGCUGAAGCAAAAAAUAUAUGAAAGUGAUGGUGGACAGAAGGGAAAUCAUGGCAUGUUAGAAGAGAGAUUUUCUCAUACCAAUUCCCCUACGAGCCCAAUGAAUCCACAGCCAUCCUCCAUUCCACUAGUUAAUGAUAGGAUAAAUGCCUUCAUUGAACAAGAAGUACAGCGACGGCUUCAAAAUAUUCAUCAGAGACCUGAGGAUAACCAUGCUGGAUUGUCCUGGUCUACAGAAAGUGUGAAGGAUAAUGAGAGGCUUAAUAACAACACUGUUCAACGCAAGCUGAAGUAUGAGCGGAUGGUCUGUCGUUCUCUGGGAGCAAGUCCAGAUGACCUAAAGGACCCAAUUAAAAUUAGUAUUCCACGCUAUGUCCUGUGUGGGCAGGGAAAGGAUGAACACUAUGAGUUUGAAAUAAAGAUAACAGUUCUGGAUGAGACAUGGACAGUGUUCAGGCGAUACAGCCGUUUUCGGGAAAUGCAUAAAACUUUAAAAUUAAAGUACCCAGAGCUUGCUACUUUAGAAUUUCCUCCAAAGAAGCUCUUUGGAAACAAGGAUGAACGAGUGAUUGCGGAACGACGGAGUCACUUGGAG